GUGAACCCCGACCGGAGCCGCUACCCAUCGUUCUGCCAUGCCCACCCACAUGUGGUCACCCUGCACCCUGGCCAGGUGUUAUUUGUCCCUCGUCAUUGGUGGCAUUACGUGGAAUCGGUUGAUGAUGUCACCGUCAGCGUCAACUCCUGGAUCGAGCUGGAUUCGGACCAUGAGGCUCGUGUAGAAGAAGCCAUAACACGGAUGGUGGUGUGCGCCUUUAAAUCUGCUGAUUCUUCUGUCCCCCCCGAUAUCUGGCUGAACCCCACUGAGGGAACCUCCACCUCUCAUGGAACCAACCUGGAGUACCUCAACCGGGCGUGUACCGCCUACCUGGAGCGCAAGAGGGCGACGGGGAAGACAGGCACCGAUGAUGAGGGCGCCCCGAUGCUGAAAAAGAGACGGGCGGAGCGGUCUGUAGAGGUCAUCAGUAGCCGCUUUGGCCAGUAUCUCCUCCCCGUGUUACCUGCGUCAGGUGAGGAGGACAUUGCGGGAAAGGCGGAGACUCCGGGAAAAAGAAGAGGCCAAUCCUGGAGCGGAGGGCGUGGACACAAUUACCAGCGACGCGGUGCUGGACUGUUUGGUGAACCCUCGAGUUGUCCGCUUGGUGGCUCAGCUCCUGUUAUCCCGGCCAUAUAGGUAG